AUGUAGGCUCAGCUAUGAUGGCAGCCGUAGGUUGACAUCAAUACGAUUCUGAAUAUAAACUAUUUAAAAAGUUAGCGGAAAAGCCCCGGCACGUUAACGCAGGACAAAUUACCGGUUUUCAGAUAGCACACGGUGAAAACACAGCGCCCGGUUUGGGGAACGUGGCACUAUGCCCGCAGCUACUGUGGAUCACAGCCAAAGAAUAUGUGAGGUUUGGGCCAACAACCUGGAGGAGGAGCUGAAGAGGAUCCGACAUGUCAUUCGAAAAUACAACUACAUUGCUAUGGACACAGAGUUUCCAGGUGUUGUAGCCAGACCGAUCGGAGAGUUCAGAAGCAACGCUGACUAUCAGUACCAGUUACUGCGCUGCAAUGUGGAUUUGCUCAAGAUUAUACAGCUGGGCCUCACAUUUAUGAACGAACAAGGGGAAUAUCCUCCAGGGACGUCAACGUGGCAGUUCAAUUUUAAGUUUAACCUCACAGAAGAUAUGUAUGCACAAGACUCCAUUGAGCUCCUGACCACUUCAGGCAUCCAGUUCAAGAAGCACGAGGACGAAGGCAUUGAGACGCUUUACUUUGCAGAGCUGCUGAUGACUUCAGGAGUGGUGCUCUGCGAUGGCGUCAAGUGGCUGUCUUUUCACAGCGGCUACGACUUUGGAUACCUGAUCAAGAUUCUAUCCAACGCUAACCUUCCUGAGGAGGAGGUGGACUUCUUUGAGAUUCUACGCUUGUACUUCCCUGUCAUUUACGAUGUCAAGUACCUCAUGAAGAGCUGUAAAAACCUGAAGGGCGGUCUGCAGGAAGUAGCUGAGCAGCUGGAGCUGGAGAGGAUUGGACCACAGCAUCAGGCCGGCUCGGACUCUUUACUCACAGGCAUGGCUUUCUUCAAGAUGAGAGAGAUGUUCUUCGAGGACCAUAUUGAUGAUGCAAAGUACUGUGGUCACUUGUACGGGCUCGGCUCGGGCUCCGCCUACGUCCAGAACGGAACGGGAAACGCUUACGAGGAGGAGGCUAACAAGCAGCAGUCGUGACGUCACUCUGAAACUCUCCCAUCCUGCUGUUCACAUCCACAAUCAGUGCGGCCGUGACGCCAAACUCCGACAGCCGGAUGACCAUAAUAGUGGAAGAACAAAAGGAAAAAAAACAUACAUAUGCAUCGUUUAGCAAGCUGUUUCUCAUAGGCUCUGCUCACCUUAGACGACUGAAUAUGAUGGUGAAAAAAAAAAUCCCAGCUGUCCUCACGCGUGCCGCAGCAGCAUGUGUGUGACUUUAGUCUUUUAUUCCUCCGAGGCAGCAAUAGACGGUGUGGUUGGUUCAGCUAAAACUUAACAUGCUUGAGAAGGUGGGAUUUUAGUUUUCCUAAAAAGUGUUCUGUAGAAAUGUUUUGCACUUUAAAGCUCUAACCUGAUUUUAUAUGGAAAGCUGAAGAUGUUUCUGGUGUCUCUCCUCUUUGUUGCCUUCUCUACGUUCCCAUUUUUACAUUGUGAACAUGUAAGUGUCAACAGCUGCUCUCACCACAUUCAGCCUUAAUAUCAGCUGCAUUCUUAUCUUUUAAACUUUUUAUUUAUUGUGCUGGUUAUCUGACUUUACAUAGUCGCCCCAUUCAACACUAAGACCCCACACGAUCGCACCAGGAUUUCCUGCCUGAUAACGAGAAAAAGGAGUGUGUGUACGUGUACUCGGAUUGUGAGGUUAUUUUUCGUUUGUUCCUAUAAUGUUUAUAACGACCUGAAUACGCUCCAGUCCCACUGUGAGAAGCCUUUAACUAUCAAACUGGUGCAUUCUGCUUUUGGAUGAGACGCUGAAGCCAGUGAACGCUGUUUAUUUCCUGUUUUUUUCUGUCUGCAUUCAUGACAAUGUUCAGUAUUGUCAUAUAAAGAUAUUAUUAGUAUGCACCUAGAUGCAUACAAGUGGUUGUCAUUGGAGGAAUGCUGCUCGUUUGUGCGUGUAAACACUGUCACUGACACAAGCACACAUGAACAGAUGCAUCACCUCUCGAAAAAUUAGAAUUAAAUUAAAAAGAAUUUAACAAAACCAAGUCUCAUUAGCUGUAGGACGGUCUGAGGUUCCUCUAAGCUGGGAGUAAAUUUUCAGUUUUAAUUAAGAUUUUGUAGAGUUUUAGUGUUGUGAUACAAGAAGAAACUUUUACUCAUCGGAUACAAUAACGUUGCUUUUUAACACGUUUCUGUUUGAGUUCACUUGUAGUUCUGGCCUUUGAAUGACACUUUUGUGCUUUUUUUUUUUUUUUUUUUUGCCUUCCAGUUCAUUCAUGCUGCCUAGAACAGCCGCAUGUACUAAAACAUUUGAAUAAAUGCUGUGUUGUUGAAUAGUAUCCUGAACUUGCAUAGGUUUGUGUUAAAGUGUAGAGCCGCCACUUUAUUCCUCUGCAACAGAAGCUGAAAACACUCUCUCUCUCUCUGCAGCACACCUUUCACACUGUAAAGACGUAAAAGGAAGAAUAUGCAAUAUAAAAAGAGGAUAUUUUUUGAGGUUAUUUUGUAAAUAAAGGCUUGAAAGUUUUCUACCAUAAAA